AUGCCUGGGGUUGAAAGCUUGCUACUCCUUUUCAUGUUGUCCAUUCCUUUCUCCCAAGCUUGGUCCAUUGAUUACCCUAGCCCCAUCGCCAACCUUCCUGCUAUAUGGACCAACAAUGAAGCUACUACUAUCCCUUACAAUACACCUAUGAGGACGGUUCCACGAUCAGAGUCAUUCUUGUCAGGCAGAAGCCUGCCGGGUUUGGUCCAUCCUUCGGCUGUGGCUUCAUCUGCACUGCGCCCUGCAAGGUCUUCCUCUUUGCAGUCUUCUUUAUGUCCAUCGGAGAUCCAAACGACCCUGCCUCCAAUGCCUCGGCCAUGCCAAGGAUCGUCUGGACAGCCAACAGGCAGCUCGGUUGCUGGCAUGAACCUUGCUGAGACUGGGAAUCUGAUACUCUUCAACAUGAUGGGGAAGACGGUGUGGGAAUCGUUUGCGCAUCCAACUGACACUAUCCUCAUUGGGCAGUCAUUGUGGCAAGGGAAGAGGCUUAGUUCCACUUUCUCCGAGACAAAUAGUACUCAAGUGCAAUUUAUGAGUCUUAAGGAUGAUGGGCACCUGAGAGUUUCUGCAUGGGAUAGCGUUUCAUCGAAAGCUCUUGCUGAUGUUUUGCAUGUGUAUCCUGAUGAAUGUGCAUACCCUAGAGUCUGUGGAGCAUAUGGAAUCUGUUUACAAGGGCAAUGCAGUUGCCCAGGUGGAAAUAAUGAUAUUGACCUUUUCCGUCAGUUGGAUGACCGGCAACCUAACCUUGGCUGCUCAUUAGAAACUCCUCUGUCCUGUGACCUGAUCCAAUAUCAUAAGCUUAUGGCACUCCCAAAUGUCACGUACUUCAAUUUUGCAAACAAUUGGACUACUGAUGAAGAAAGCUGCAAGGAGGCAUGCUUGAAGACCUGUUCGUGCAAGGCAGUAUUUUUCCAGCAUCAAAAUGUUUCUAAGGGCUCCUGCUAUCUGAUGCCAAAGAUCUUCUCACUCAUGAAUUAUCAGCCAGAAGUGUUUGGUUACAAUUUAUCUGCAUAUGUCAAGGUGCAGAUGUUACCACCACCAUCAAGUAAGAGAACAAAUACAACUGCUUACCAUGUCGGUGUCCCUGUUCUGGUUGUAGUCAUCUGCCUAUUCAUUCUCAUGAUCAGAAGAAUAAUAGUGAAGAGGAUGGAAGAGGAUGAUCCAUUUAAAGGAGUGGCUGGAAUGCCUACACGGUUUUCGUACAAACAGCUGACAGAAGCAACCAAUAACUUCAGCAAAAAGCUGGGGCAGGGAGGAUUUGGGCCAGUGUAUGAGGGAAAACUUGGAAAUGUCAAAAUUGCUGUCAAAUGCUUGCACGACAUUGGACACAGGAAGGAAGAAUUCAUGGCUGAAGUCAUUACCAUUGGUAGCAUCCAUCAUAUUAAUCUUGUCAGAUUGAUAGGAUACUGCUCAGACAAAUUCCACAGGCUCCUUGUUUAUGAGCAUAUGAGCAAUGGGUCUCUGGAUAAGUGGAUCUUCAGAAAGAACCAAAGUGGUUCACUCAGUUGGGCAACUCGAUACAAGAUUAUCCUAGACAUUGCAAAGGGUUUGGCCUAUCUUCAUGAAGAAUGCCGCCAGAAGAUUGCUCAUCUUGAUAUUAAGCCGGGAAAUAUCCUCCUUGAUGACAAGUUCAACGCAAAGAUCUCUGACUUUGGUUUAGCAAAGCUUAUCGAUAGGGAUCAAAGCCAUGUGAUGACCAAAAUCAGAGGAACAAGGGGUUACCUAGCACCGGAAUGGUUGUCAUCAACAAUCACUGAGAAGGCUGAUAUUUACAGCUUUGGCGUAGUUGUGCUGGAAAUAGUGAGUGGAAGGAAAAACCUGGAAAACAAUCAGCCUGAGGGUAGCCCUAAUCUAAUUAAUAUACUGCAAGAGAAAAUGAAGGUUGGGCAAGUUCUGGAUAUGGUAGACAAUCAGGAUGAAGAUCUCCAGUUACAUGGGUCAGAAAUGACAGAAGUAACCAAGCUAGCUGUCUGGUGUUUGCAGCGUGACUGCAGUAAACGACCAGCCAUGUCACAAGUUGUCAAGGUCUUGGAAGGUGCUAUGGACACAGAAAGUACUGCAGGUCACGAUGCAACUGGCAGAGAUGAUAUUAUUUUUGAUGCUUCAUCCCCUUUGUCCCCUGUGCCAGUGUCUGCGAGAUAA